GUGCGCGACUCUCCAGUACGACUCGGAUCUUCCUCCAACCUCCAUCAUCAUCACUUUCCACAACGAGGCCAGGUCAACACUGCUGCGCACCAUCCGGAGCGUUCUGAACAGGACUCCGGUUCAUCUCAUCCAUGAGAUCAUUCUGGUGGACGACUACAGUGAUGACGAAAGAGACGGACAGCUUCUCACCAAACUGCCGAAGGUCAAAUGUCUGCGCAACACGAAGAGAGAAGGUCUGAUCCGGUCCAGAGUCCGGGGGGCCGAUGCUGCGAGGGCCGGAGUUCUCACCUUCCUGGACAGCCACUGUGAGGUCAACAAGGACUGGCUGCCCCCCCUCCUGCAGAGGGUCAAGCAGGACCGGACCCGUGUGGUCAGCCCCGUCAUCGACAUCAUCAACAUGGACACCUUCGCUUACGUGGCGGCCUCUGCUGACCUGCGUGGAGGGUUCGACUGGAGUCUGCACUUCAAGUGGGAGCAGCUGUCGCCCGAGCAGCGGUCCCACCGGACCGACCCGACCCAGCCCAUCAGGACCCCCAUUAUCGCUGGAGGCAUCUUCGUGAUUGACAGGUCCUGGUUCAACCACCUGGGCAAAUACGACGCUGCUAUGGACAUCUGGGGGGGCGAGAACUUUGAGAUCUCGUUCCGGGUGUGGCAGUGCGGCGGCAGCCUGGAGAUCCUGCCCUGCAGCAGAGUGGGUCACGUCUUCAGGAAGAAACAUCCGUACGUGUUCCCAGAGGGAAACGCCAACACCUACAUCAA